AGUAGGAAAGGAAACUCACUUCUUGUUUGUAAGUGGCGUUAGGUUGAUUAACAUAACCUUAUACGUGACAAUUGUUACUUGUGUCUUAUCAAUGUUUGUGUGCUGUACCAGAAAUAGUUGCAAGGGUGAUUGCUUCUGUUGCGUACAGCCUGGAAUAAAUAACCAUCUGAUUUAAAGAAGAGGUCCCUUCUCAAAGUGAACAACAGAGGCCAGUGUCAUGGGAGAUAUGGCUAAGAGAAAUUUGGAAAGCAGGAAUGUGUAUUCAUCAAAAUGGAAUUUAUUAUUUGAUAAAAGUGUGAAAGAAUGGAUAUCUUUCAAACCAAAAGAUGGUUUACAAGUUUAUCCAUGCUACGCUUGUCGACAUAUAUUUGGCUCAAAGAAUUCGUUUCUCGAUCACGUGAAUCGAAGAUCAAUUCGAAUAGUGUACAAUUGCAAGUACUGCCCAGACGCAUUGCCAGAGGAUCUGGUGUUUUAUAAUCCCUGUUCGUUUUUAUUACAUGCGCGACAGCAUUUUUCUAUAAAUAGUGGCAUCAUUGAUUUGGAUGAAGUAGAAGUAUCUCUUCUUCCGGUCGGACUUGCGGGAUUCAUGCCUCAUCCUAAUAUAAAAGUACUUUAUGAUAUUGAAGAUGACGACAUCAAUUCGGAGUACAUCAAUAACAGAUUUUACAAUCCUACGACUGAGUGUUAUGGUCACAGGUAUAUCUGUUUCAACCCCAACGAGGUGUUCUUGUUUAUUUGUAUUAUUGCUAAUCAACCCUUUCAUACUCUGGCGUUGAAACAGAUCAGCCGUAAGGUUCCGAAAUGCAUUCUGGUGCAAAUAGAUGGCGCUAAUUUAAAUCAUUGUCCUGUAAUUCCUUCUUCUAAUGCACUUAAUUUGAAUUUGGGUAAUAAUAAUAACAAUGCAGUUAUGUUCUCGAGCGAUAUUAGUAAUGGAGGCGUUUUGGCGUCGGAUACAGCAAUAAAGACUGAGUCUGUCGAAGGAAAUCAAAAUCAAAUUGAAUAUACAAUGCCGAUUAUAACUAAAGUCGAAACGCUGGCGGAGUCUGAUAAUUCAUCUUCUUCAAAUACGACAACAGAUGGGGAUGAUACGGUUAUAAAUGUAACUAAUUGUCCUGAGUGUAAAGAAGUUCAAAUUGAGCCAUUGUCGAAUCAUUUCUUAGAACAAAAUAAGCCAUCGAACGAGUCCUUCCGUUGUUCCGUCUGUAGAUUCAUCGCUCCAUCUUCGUGUUCUUUAAAAGCUCACAAACGUAUCCAUGACACUAUUCCUCCGUAUGUUUGUCCGGAGUGUGCUAAAAGUUUUACCAGCUGGCCUCCCCUACUGGCUCAUUUGAACAACGUUUGUUUCCAUUUGGAGAAACAAGUGCGCGUUAAAUGUCCUGGAAAAAGGUGCAGUAAAAUAUUUGCUCAAAAUAUUACGUUCUUUGCUCAUUUUUCGGCCAUCCAUCUGCUAACAACUUACAUAUGUGAAGUUUGUGACGAGACGUUUAACACUGAUUUGGAUUAUUUCGAACAUGCCGAAGAUUUUCAUGAAGGCAAUGCGAGGUUCCAUACUGUAUUCACUUGUACAGUUUGUGCGGACCAAGAUACAUUUUCAUCAGAAGAAAAAGAAGAACACGUCCUGUCUCAUGGGAAGGACAGAGCAAAUUUUGUUUACAUUCACGUUUGCAAGUUUUGUAAAAGCAUUUUUAAAUCGACUAACACGUAUGCUACUCAUAUGCUUCGAUGUUCCAAGAAUGUAGCUAAUGUACCUAAUAAAGAUGUUAGUAAGGAUCCAAAUUUAACAACUGGGUCAUUACCUAAUGGCGAAAGUCGGACAUUGGCUCAGAAAGAUCAAAUUCUACGCAAAAAGGCACUUGAAUGUGUUGAGAGUAGUGUCCGAAUGGUUAUUACUAUCUGUUCGAGAUGCAACGUUCGCUUGAAGUUUCAGGUCUCUUAUUUGCACAAUAUAGUUUCUAAUUGUCCGAAAUGUGGAGAAAGGCUGUUUUUACCAGCGAAAAGUUUCAUUAUGCCGAAAGAGGGUAAUUUGCGUAAAGAAUCGUCAAAUAGAACGACAGAUGAGACUGGUUUGUAUGUUGAUUCUGAAGAAAAUAUAUGUUUAUUAUGUGAAGUUAGUGUUGAAAAUAUAAAGGAACACGUAAAGAUUUGCAAGUACAGUAAACCUGUUGUUAUCGUUCCUAAAGUUUCUAAAACCAAAGCAAGAAAAGAAGAAGGAAAAGAGGUAGGAGGAGAAGAAGAAGAAAAAGAAGAAGAAAGAGAAGAAGAAGCUUCUCCAAAAUCUGACGAUAGUGCUAGAAGAAAACGAAGACGAUAUAAUUAUAACAGUUUAGCCCAUAAACAUAGGAAACUGUUAGCGUCUAAAAACUUUCCUGAGCUUCAAACUGAUGAACCUGACCAACCAUUGCCAUUCGAUGGUACUUACCGCUGUCGAUUGUGUUCAUUUUCUGCCCCAGAUCGUCAAGUAUUCUGUGACCACGUUCUUACUCAUCGUCUGGUGUCAACCUCGUAUCAAUGUAUGGAGUGCGGGGAAUGUUUUGUGGUAAAGCCGUCUUUGGCGAAACAUCUUCAAUUUUAUCACCAGAUAUUUGACAUUGACUCCUACAUCGAAGAGAAUAAUUGUUAUGAUAAGGAAGCAGUUAAGGAAUUAGAGGAGAGCCUGAAAUUGGUUCCUGGUGAAUCGAAAAUUCCUGUAAAAGAAAACCAAUGUAGGGUUUGUUUGCAAGAAUUCGAAUCUAGUUUUGAUUUACACAAGCAUCUCCGUGUGCAUGGUAUGGCCUUUUUGUCUCAUAAUGUUAAAUGAUCUUUAAUGUUCUCUGUUAAGUAAGGUCCUUUUUCGUUUUGGUUGUACGCAAGCGCACAACUCACAUUUGUUAGGGUCAUUGUAAGGGAUGUGUGGUAAAUUUGCCUCAGGCUUAAUGAUUUCAGCCCCUGGCAUAUGUACUAGGAGUAUACAUACUUGAAAGUCUCAAAAAUAUGAAAAAAAAUCAUAUUAAAAAAAGAAGUAAUUGGAUUCCCAAAACAAUUUUGUAUCAAUCUAUUGGAUACAAAUACCGUGAAAGCUAUUGGCCCAUUGUUGUAUCAGUAUGUACCAUGUGCAUUGUUUACACCCUAUGUCAAAAUAACGCCACUCUCCAGGGCGAUGCUACAACAAACUUCUAUUGCAUUAAGUAGUUAUAACGAAGGUAACAUUUAGUAAAAAGUACAAAUGUGGAUUUAGUCUGGGCAAGUUCAACAUAUUUUCCUGGCAGUGGCCAUUGUUUUUGGUUUUUAUUUUAUUUAAUCACCCUAAUAUAACUUGUUGGAUCGACAAAAACGAUUCAUUUGAUCAUCACAGGUUUAUUAUUUAUAUCUAAUACUGUCUUUUACAUAAAUUUCAUUUGAUUUUGUAUAUAUCAUCAAAUACUACAUACAAACAGGUGAUAAUGCCAUUUUGUGAUAAUUGACUAGUUGUAAACUGAAUUGAUACAAAGGACAAAGAACAAGACGAUAUAAAAAAAGAAAGUUACACAAACUAAAAUAAAUAAUUUUCUUCUAAUAGUUUUUGUAGUAAACAAACAAAU